UUUUCAUUAGUUUCUUAUAAUAUAAUAACAGCAGCAUCCAAUAUAAGAAGCGAGAAGAGGAAAAGAAGACAACCACUCUCACCUUUUCACACCUAACCCGGAGUGGCCAAUUUUGACGAGAACUUUAUUUCUAUUUGGUGCUCUAAUCGGACCGUUCAUAUUGAUACAAAUCUCAUACAAAACAACAGCUCCUGUCUCCGAAACCUUACAGUCUUUCAGAUCUUUUCAAAUCAAUUUCGGGAGAAAGCAGCAGAGAGAAGAAGAAGACAAUGGCUGUUCAACCAACAAGAAUAGGCUUAGCUGGACUAGCCGUAAUGGGCCAAAACUUAGCUCUCAACAUUGCUUCCAAAGGCUUCCCAAUCUCCGUCUACAACAGAACAACCUCCAAAGUCGACGAAACCGUCGAACGAGCCAAGAAAGAAGGAAACCUCCCUGUCUACGGCUUCCACGACCCCGAGUCCUUCGUCAACUCCAUCCAAAAGCCACGUGUCAUAAUCAUGCUCGUCAAGGCCGGUGCACCCGUCGACCAAACCAUCAAGACCCUCUCAGCUUAUCUAGAAAAAGGUGAUUGCAUAGUCGACGGCGGCAACGAAUGGUACGAGAACACAGAGAGGAGAGAAAAAGCCGUGGCCGAGAACGGCUUCCUCUACCUAGGAAUGGGAGUCUCUGGUGGUGAAGAAGGUGCUCGUAACGGCCCCUCAAUGAUGCCUGGAGGAUCCUUUGAGGCUUACAAGAACAUCGAAGACAUUCUUCUCAAGGUUGCGGCUCAGGUCAGGGACAGUGGUCCAUGUGUGACGUACAUAGGGAAAGGAGGGUCUGGAAACUUCGUCAAAAUGGUUCACAAUGGGAUUGAGUACGGUGACAUGCAGCUGAUUGCUGAAGCCUAUGAUGUGUUGAAAUCCGUUGGUAAGCUAACGAACGAGGAGCUUCACGGUGUCUUCACCGAGUGGAACAAAGGCGAGCUCGAGAGUUUCUUGGUAGAGAUCACUGCGGAUAUCUUCGGGAUCAAGGACGAUAAGGGUGAUGGGCAUUUGGUUGAUAAGGUUUUGGACAAAACCGGGAUGAAAGGUACCGGGAAAUGGACUGUGCAGCAAGCAGCUGAGCUCUCUGUUCCGUCUCCCACCAUUGAAUCCUCUCUCGACGCGAGGUUCCUCAGCGGGCUUAAGGAUGAGCGCGUGCAAGCCGCUAAAGUCUUUAAAGAAGGUGGAUUCGGCGAUGUUUUAACUGAUCAAACCGUUGACAAGAAACAGCUGAUAGAUGACGUGAGGAAGGCUCUCUACGCGUCGAAAAUCUGCAGCUACGCGCAAGGGAUGAACCUUAUCCGCGCCAAGAGCGUGGAAAAGGGGUGGGGGUUGAAGCUAGGGGAGCUGGCGAGGAUCUGGAAAGGAGGGUGCAUCAUCAGAGCCAUCUUCUUGGACAGGAUCAAGCAAGCUUACGACAGGAACGCGGAGCUGGCUAACCUCUUGGUGGAUCCCGAGUUUGCGAAAGAGAUCAUCGAGAGGCAGUCGGCUUGGAGGAGAGUGGUCUGCUUGAGCAUCAACUCGGGUAUAAGCACUCCCGGUAUGUCUGCGAGUCUGGCGUACUUUGAUUCUUACAGGAGAGAGAGGUUGCCGGCGAACCUUGUCCAAGCUCAGAGAGAUUACUUUGGUGCUCAUACUUAUGAAAGGACUGAUAUGGAAGGGUCUUUCCACACUGAGUGGUUCAAGAUUGCAAGACAAUCCAAGAUGUAAUGAUGUGAUGAGUCUCUCUCUCAGUUUGGUAUUCUCCCUUCAAUAAUGUAUUCACACCUAGUGUGAAACACUGUGGCAGCCUAUAGGCUCGUGUGUUUACUUGUAUUCUUCUUUUAUUUGUAUUUCGAAUAGGCAUCAAACAUCUUUUGCUACUACUUGGUUGUCCCUCUCUCGUGAAGUGACAACUUGAAAUCUGCUUUUGAGUCAUAGUGAUGCAUAUCUUCUUUA